AUGGAUGAUGAUCUUUCGUCCAGCCUUCUUUGCCAAGAAAACCAAACAUUCUUGGAAGGAGAUGUGGGAGAUGAAGAAUACUCAUUCAUUCAAUUGCGUCAGGAUUGUGGUGUUUCAGAGGAUGAGCAUGUGGGUGUUUUGAUUGAGAGAGAGAUCAGUCUUGGGUUCAAAAAGGAUGAAACUUUGGCAUUUGGGGACUGGGUGAAACGUGCACGCUUGGAUUCAAUCAAUUGGAUUCUCAAAACAAGAGCAACAUUGGGUUUUCGCCUUCAAACGGCUUAUUUGUCUGUCACAUACUUCGAUCGAUUCCUUUCAAGGCGGUCCAUUGAUAGUGAAAAGUAUUGGGCAAUUCGGUUACUAUCAGUUGCAUGCCUUUCUCUGGCUGCAAAGAUGGAGGAGUGCAAUGUGCCGGGGCUAUCAGGGUUUCGAUUGGAAGAUUAUUGCUUUGAGAGCAAAGUGAUUCAAAAAAUGGAGCUUUUGGUGCUGAGCACAUUGGAGUGGAAUAUGGGUGUUAUCACUCCCUUUGCUUUUCUUUCUUAUUUCAUCACAAAGUUCUGCAACGAAUCCCCAUCAAGUCCUAUUUUUUCCAAGACCAUGCCACUCAUCUUCACCACAAUGGAAGAGGUCAAUUUGAUGGAUCACAAACCAUCUGUUAUUGCAGCAGCUGCUACUUUGGUGGCGCUGGAUCAGCAAUUGACGGUGGAAGCUGUAGAGUUGAAGAUGAGUUCAAUUCCUCAACAUUGGUUUCCUGAACCUAGAGAUGUAUUUGUGUGCUACAAUCUGAUUCAAAGAUUAUACGUGGAGAAAACUAGAAGAGACAAGCUUUUACAUACGCCAAAUUCUUCACUCAUCCGAUCCAAGCCAAUUGACAUGAUAGAGAGUUCUCUAGUUACUUCUUCUGCUAUGACAAAGAGAAGAAGACUCACAUUCAUUGAUGAUAAAGAUAGUCCUGAUGGGAAGGGACUCCACCAGGGAAAUCCAAAGUUUUGA